AUGCCCCCCAAGCUCCUCAAGCCCCCUGGCGACAAGGCCAAGACCUCACUCAGCGACAACGAGACCUCCCAGAUCUAUCCACCCGACAACCCACCGCCGCCGGUCAAGCUCCCCCGUGUUUACGGGUACUCGGAUGCACGUAUGCGUCAACUCCAAGAGGAAAAUCAUCCUGUCGUCGCCCCCUUGGAGCGGGCCGAGACCCUCCAGUUCAACGAGGCCUGGGUCAAGCUCUUCCCGAAGGGCGUCCCCGUUGACGACGAAACUCUCAUGGGCAUCAACCACAUCGACCACCAGCUCCUCUUCAACGCGUUUGUCUCUCUGCUCUACAAGUAUCCCUUCUUCAUUCGCCAGGGCUAUGACUUCUUUGAGGUCAACGUGAUCGCCUUCAAGUACAAUAUCAAUGUGUCCCAGGGAUUCACCUUACCUUAUCUCAAGGAGUUUACUUUCGCGCUCCACACGGAGCGUAUCCGCGACCUCCGCGUCGCGCUUCCAAUCAACCAUACCAACCACGGAGACAUCUACCGCCGCUUCACAUGCUUUCUCCUCCAAGUGCUUGCAAACCCGAACCUCGACACCCUGUUCCUCGAUCUUGAGGCGGACUUCCACUUCCCAUACCCCAUGCUCGACUUAUACCUUAGCUCUCCUCGUUCGGCUGGGCUUCAUAGGUUCAAGAUCGGUGUCAAGGACAGCUUCUUUGCCCAGAAGCUCAUCCGUGGCAUUCCGUCUGCCAACACAGACCUGCAGCUCAUCUGCUUUAACAAGUGCAAGGCCACCGAUGCCGUCGCGUGUAGCUGCAAGGCCCGUUACCUUGGCCCCAUUGAUCCUGGUUACCAUGUCCUGUUCAGUGCCGUGCUUGACCGCAACAAGGAGCCCCGUGCUGAGAAUCUUCACCUCCCCGGCUGCUUUGUGACCUUAAAGUACCGCCGAGAGAUCGCCGGUGACGUCGCUUGGGAGCCCGCAAUCACCAAGGCGGAGGCUGUUUACAUCCUCAAGAACGCCGGGUUAAUCAACCAUCUUCUCAAGAGCAACGCCACUCGCAUGCUCCACGAGAGGCCAGAGAUUGGCGCCCAGAUCAUCUGGGAUGUCCUUCUCCGUGCUCCGUCUCGCAAGCAGCUCGCCGCCCAGGUGUGGGAGGGCGGUACCAGCAUGGAGGCUGAGUGCAGUCGUCGUUAA